CACAACAAUGUCGUCAAACAACGAGCUCUAUGCUGUAGCAGAUUUCUGUUUGAUCCCAAUUGGGACUGGUAGCACAUCUGUCGCCGAAGAUGUUGCUGAAUGUCAGAGGGUAUUAGAGAAAUCAGGUCUUAAGUACAAGUUGCAUGGCUACGGUACCAAUCUCGAGGGACCCUGGUCGCAGGUAUCCAAGGCUAUUCACGACUGCCACGCUGCUGUCCAUGCCAGAGGAGCUGGUAGGAUUGCAACUGACAUCCGCAUCGGCACACGCGUCGAUAAGGAUGUUCCUGUCGGGGAUGGGAACGACCAUAAAGUGCGUAGGGUGCAAGAAAUCCUCACCAAGGACGCAGAUAAGCAAACCUAACAUCUCGGAGACCUUCGAAUACGCCGUUUCAAUGUACAAUAUCAAUCACAAUCUGUAUUCCGAAUGAUACAAACAGAAUCUUAUUCC